AUGAGUCGACGAGACCAUGACUCUCCGAGAGAAAAAGAAAGAGAUGCUCGAAGGAGUGACCGCGAUCGAUCACCAGCAAAGUCUUCUCCGGCGCCUGUCACUCCGAAUCCUGGCGGCCAGUCCCCCGCACCCAAUGGCGAGGAUGCAAAGCCAAAGACGGCCAAGGAGAGGUUAGAAGCUUGGAAACGACAGCGAGAGCUCAAGAACAAGACGGACUCAUCCACUCCGGAACCCGCUGCUGCUGCUGCUGCCGCUGAGAAGAAGCAUUCUUUCAGUGCUACCCCAUCUGCUUCAGGCACAGCCUCACUACCUCCUAAGCCAACUGGAUUCUCCCGUGUCGGUCUGAGCCGCAUUGGAUUGCCUAUGAAACCUGGCUCCGCACCUUUGAAGAAAUCUGCCCUCGCUUUUGACGAUGAAGUCUCGACGGAUCGCAAGCUGGAGAAAUUGGAUUUACCAGAAGUCAAUCCCGAAGUCCAGAGUGGCGAGGCAGCCCAGUUGGAGGUGAUUGGAGGGGAUAUGGCUGCGGAGGAAGUGGAAGCAGACAUCAAGCCUUCUGUCGAAAAUGGAGAUUCGGACGCCAUGGAUGUGGAUAAGAAACCUGAAGCUGCAGACGAAGAGGACGAAGAGGAUCCUUUGGACGCAUUCAUGAAAGCCAACACGGAACAAGUAAAGCAGGUCAAUACGUCCGACGCUAGACGACUCGGAUUGCUCGGCGAUGGCGAAGAGAGCGAGGACGAGGCAGAGAUCAAGAAUAAGCAAGAAGAGGAACUCGAAAAGGCAGAGGCUAUCUUGCAACUUGCGGCGACCAAGUCCAGGAAAAAGGAUCUACCCAAGCCAGACCAUUCCAAGAUUGACUACGAGCCAUUCCGGAAAUCUUUCUAUGUUCCACCAGUUGAGUCAUUCGACAUGUCCGAGGAGGAAGUCGAAUUGAUGCGAUUGGAAAUGGACGGUAUCAAAAUCAGAGGGAAGGACGCGCCCCGACCAGUACGUAAUUGGGGGGCCUUUGGACUGCCGACGUCGUGCUUGGAUCUCAUCGAAAAGAAGGAAUGGGCAGCUCCGACCUCGAUCCAGGCUCAGACGAUCCCUGCCAUCAUGUCUGGUCGCGAUGUCAUUGGUAUCGCAAAGACGGGCUCAGGAAAGACGAUUGCCUUUCUUCUGCCGCUCUUCAGACAUGUCAAGGACCAGCGUCCAGUCGGGUCAAACGAAGGCCCCAUCGCAGUCGUCAUGUCUCCGACACGAGAGUUGGCGAUGCAAACGUACCGCGAAGCGAAAUCUUUCCUCAAUGUACUCAAUGUUCGAGCAUCCUGCUGCGUUGGCGGUCAAUCGAUAUCCGAAGACAUCGCAUCUAUGAAGAAGGGCUCAGAGGUUGUCUUCUGCACUCCCGGACGGAUGAUCGAUCUUCUGACUGCGAACAACGGAAGAGUUACCAACCUCAGGCGGUGCACUUACAUCGUCCUAGAUGAAGCGGACCGAAUGUUUGAUAUGGGCUUCGAGCCGCAGGUGAUGAAGAUCAUCGAUAAUGUCAGACCCUCGGCGCAAAAAGUCCUUCUUUCCGCAACGUUCCCGAAAUUAAUGGAAAGCUUGGCGACGAAGAUCCUCAAAUCUCCUCUGGAAAUCACAGUCGGUGGUCGAUCCGUCGUGGCUCCAGAAAUUGAUCAACGUGUCGAGGUCAGGGAGGCUGAUACCAAAUUUACCCGUUUGCUCGAAAUCCUUGGUGAUCUCAGUCAGGAGAACCCGAACGAAGAUGUUCGUUCACUCAUCUUCGUUGACCGACAAGAAGGGGCAGACGAUCUCUUCCGGGAGCUUCUACAGCGUGGUUAUGUCUGCGCUUCAUUACACGGUGGCAAGGAACAGGUCGAUCGUGAUGAAGCUAUCAAAAAUUUCAAGAAUGGGGAUGUACCUACGAUUGUGGCAACCUCCGUCGCCGCCAGAGGGCUCGACGUGAAGGAAUUAAAGCUUGUUGUUAAUUACGAUGCUCCGAAUCACCUAGAAGACUAUGUCCACCGAGCUGGUCGAACCGGACGUGCUGGAAACACUGGAAGAUGCAUAACGUUUAUCACGCCGGAUCAAGACAAAUUUUCGGUGGAUAUCGUGCGUGCGUUAGAAGCGAGUAACGCCUUUAUCCCCCCUGAACUCAAGGAGAUGUCAGAUAAAUUCCUUGCCAAGAUUAAAGCUGGCAAAGCUAAAGCCGCUUCUUCUGGAUUCCAUGGCAAAGGUCUGGAGCGUAUCGAAAGGAAGAGAGAAGAGAAGGAUCGCGCUGAAAAGGUCACUUAUGGCGAUACCUCCGAGGCGGUCUCUCUGUCCUCUCGAGAAGGCGCCGUCAUUCCUUACAAACCCAAGACAAAUGAGUUCAAACCACCAGAAACUUCACACAAGGGAGAUUCCGACUAUACCUUUACAGAGAUCCACAUUGAGAUUAUCGAUGGACCUGCACCGGAUCGACCAACCAACCCUGAGCUUUGGUCCUCUGCUGGUCCCGGUACAGCGCCGUCGGCGGACAAGAAAUCCACGUCGGCAUUACCGAAGCAGACUUUGGAAGCCCUCGAAAAGGCUAAACGGGAAGGCCGCUCUGUCGACGCGGAGAGGUUGGCAAAGGUCGUCCAGAGAUUAACGGACAGCAUUCAAUUGACCAAACAGGAGAAGUUUGCAGCCGCCAUCGCUGUCGAGGCCCCGAGAAAGGGCAAAGACCCAGAUGCGACCAAUCAUCACUCCAUCGCGCCUAUCAAUGACUAUCCUCAGAAAGCACGGUGGAACGUCACAAGCAAGGAAGCUCUAGUCUAUCUGAACGAAAUGAGUCAAGCUUCCAUCACUAUGAGAGGACAGUAUUACCCACCAGGUGCUGAACCACCGGCUGGAGGAGAGCCAAAGUUGUACUUGCUCAUCGAGAGUAAUGAUCGAGAAAAGGUCGUGGCUGCUGUAGAUGAGAUCAGGAGGCGAUUGAUUGAAGGAUCCAUGUCGGCACUGGAGAGUGCGGACAGAGGUGGUGCGGCGGGAGGAAGGUAUUCGGUCUGA